AUGGCACUAUCCGAACGCGCGCACGAGCUCUCCAACCCGGACCCCAAGUUCUUCUUCUGGGAAGUCCUCCAGAACAUAUGGGACACACAAAGCAACCCCCAUGGAUUCGUGAGCCUCGGAAUAGCAGAGAAUGUCCUCAUGCAUGACGUUCUCUCAGAGCAUAUCCACCGAAACAUGGCUCUUCCAAACGACGAUUUUACGUACGGCGACGGCAAAAAGCGCUUAAAGGGGGCGCUGGCUCGCUUUCUAACCAGAUACUUCAACCCUCUUAUCAAAGUUGAGCCGUCACACAUCACCAUUUCCAAUGGCUGUAGCUCAGCCUUAGAACACACGGCAUGGGCAUUUGGAAACCCCGGCGAUGUGUUUCUCCUCGGGAAGCCAUACUACGGCACUUUUGUACCGGAUAUCACGCUGCGAAUGGGCACGGAGCUCGCCAUGGUGGAAUUCCACGGCACAGACCCGCUGAGUCUGGACGGCGUGCAAAAGUACGAGCAUACGAUUGAAGAAGCACAAGCGAAGGGGAAACGAGUGGCUGGGCUGAUCCUCGCGCACCCUCACAACCCGCUGGGGAGAAGUUAUCCUCGAAAGGCGCUCCUAGAACUGAUGCGGCUUUGUGACAGGCAUAGAAUCCACCUCAUAAGCGAUGAGAUUUAUGCCUUGUCCACAUUCACUAACACUGUUGACAAGGACGUUGAGAUUGUGCCGUUUGAGUCUGUGCUAUCUAUCGACACGGCUGGGAUUAUUGACCCUGCGCUUGUGCAUGUCGUAUGGGGUAUUUCCAAGGACUUUGGGGCGAAUGGACUGCGCAUCGGAGCCAUCAUUUCACAACAUAAUGCAGGAUUGCACCAAGCGCUUGUGCCGCCGUCGUUGUACAGUUCAUCAUCUUCUAUAUCAGAUCACGUCGUGGCGAAUAUUUUCGAAGACGAAGCCUGGAUAGAUGAGUACAUUGCGCAGAAUCAACAGAAACUAGCACAAAGUUACGAGCACGUCGUGCAAUGGGCUCGAGACAACGACAUCGAGUAUGCGCCUGGGGUGAAUGCCGCGUUUUUUCUGUGGGUGAAUCUAGGAAGUGCAUAUCGCAAACGGCACGCGAAUGGCCUGGAGGGCGGGGAUAUCGAUCAAGUGGUGAAUGAUGCACUGCUCAGGAACAAGGUGUUCCUUGCGUCGGGGGUGCAGUUUGGCUCAGAGCAGCCGGGGUGGUUUCGAAUAGUUUUUACGCAAAGGAGGGAUCAUCUGGACGAGGGGCUGAAGCGGAUUGUGGCGGCGAUAAAUUAG